GUACAUUGUUAAAUAAAAAGCAUUUCAAAGCACUAAAAAAAAAAACCCGAUUCUUUUUUAUUUCUUUCUUUUUUACCCCUCUUGCUAGUUUGCAAGGCGUUUUGCAUCCACCAAUGGGCUUUCAGGCUGCAGAUAUUGGGAUGUAAAUGAGCAGAGCGCGUGCUGGCGCAGUGAAAGCGUCGGAUUGUUUAUUGAGCCGGGAGCAGCCACGCGCCUGGCCGCCGAGCCGCAGCUCAAGAAUCCCGCAGCGGGGCGGAGACUCCCACACGAGCGUGCGUCUUUUUAAGGGGGUGGGGUGUCGGACGCGUGUUGAAAAAGGGCCGAGUGCUGCCAAAGUUUGUAUCAGAUCGAGCACUGGUAGGGGGCCAGUAGACACUUGGACAUUCGGCAGUGAGAACUGGCCACACGCGCGAAAGUUUUGUCGUUGCUGCUUUUGUUAUUCUCGCCUCAGUGGAAUCAUUGUACAGGUCCGUCCUGGCGUGUCCCAAGAUCGAGAUGGAGACUGCCAGCAUUAUGCCAACGACACACCUGGUGCAGGGUCAGUGCCAUUUCGGACGCGCGGAGAAACGGCAAGAGUGCGUCCUCUCCACAGCGAGUCAGAGCAAGAGUAAAGUGCUGAAGAGACAGCGCUCCAACUCUCCUGAACUGCUGCGCUGCAAGAGAAGGCUCAGCUUCACCGGACUGAGCUACAGCAUCCCCCAGCAGCAGCCGGUCGCCGUGGCGCGGCGCAACGAGAGAGAAAGGAACCGGGUCAAGCAAGUAAACAUGGGCUUUCAGACCCUGCGCCAACAUGUCCCGAACGGCGCUGCCAACAAAAAGAUGAGCAAAGUGGAAACCCUGAGGUCGGCGGUGGAAUACAUCCGCGCUCUGCAGCAACUCCUGGACGAGCACGACGCAAUUUCUGCGGCGUUUCAGUGCGGGGUGCCCUCUCCGACCCUGUCCAACAGCUACUCCGCGGACCCAGAGUCUCCGCAUUCGUCUUACUCCUCUGACGACGGGAGUUACGAGCCUCUGAGCUCCGAAGAGCAGGAGCUGUUAGACUUCACCACAUGGUUCAACAGAUACUGAUGAAGUGCAUUGUGCAUGAUCACAAACAAACUCCAACCGAGCGCACCUGGAUCUCACCUGUCUCUCACCUGUACCCUGGUCUUCCGAUAGUUCUGACUGAGUACGAACGUUGACAUCAAUCCAGAACCUAACAGGUUGUAAGUUCAAAGCCGAGACAAGGAUUAAAGCAGUUAUGAAGUUCAUCCCGCCUCGCAACAACACCAGGAAUCUCUCUCUCUCUCUCUCUCUCUCUCUCUCUCUCUCUCUCUCUUCGUUUAAUGACUGGAUGAGGAAGGACUCGACGUAAAAUUGUUAAAAAAAAAGUGCAAUUAUGGACUUUAAUGUUGUGUGUCAUUUUCGUUUUCAAACUACACCAGCCAGUAGAGACGAAAAGUCAGUGGGACUGUUUUGUUUCAAAAGCGCGCUUCCACGCGAACGCACACGGGACUAUGCUGCGCAUGCGCAGUGCGAAUGUUGGCAAACUGGAACCAGCACCUAGAUUUUAGUUCUACAGAAAUCUGCCUUUAUUAUCUAGUGUGUGUCCCUGCUUAUUUAACUAGUUGCUGACAUUAACGUUUUUAUAUGGAUACGUGUACUCUGAGCUGUAUUGUUAAAAAUGAAGAUUUAUUUUUGUAUGCAGAGCAAAACAAAACAAAAAAGUACACUGCCUCUCUGUGACAGCGACCAUGUUGUAAAUGAAUUAGUUGUUGCUUUUAACACUGAAUAGAAUGCGAUAGAACAUAUUACUGAUUAGACACAAUGCUCUGUGUGCUAAUGGGCAAAGUGUAUGGAUUAUUGUUUUUGUUUUCGUUUUUUUUACAAUAUAUGCACUUGUUCUCUUUUUCUGUAG